AAUACCGGCGACCAUAAAACUGCUGUACAGUGGUGCGUUGCUCCGAAGCUGACAAAGAACUCUCGAUAUACGCCGGAGGCUUCUGGAUUGAUCGGUCGUUCAGUUAACUACAGAAUGGAAGGAACUGUAUUCUCCCCAGCAUUGGAAGGAAUGAAGCAUGUUAAGUCGGAAGAUGGGGUGAUGCUCACAAAACCAUUCUUGGAUUUAUGCAAGUUCAUACUUCCAGUUAUAGAUAAAUUUGGAGCCGCCAUGGCACUUGUCAAAUCCGAUGUUGGAGGCAAUAUAACUAGAUUGGAGAACAAGUACACCUCCGACCCUACCAAAUACGAGCAUCUAUACAGCAUGGUACAAGAAGAAGUUGAUGCUAAGACGGCAAAAGGUUCAUCCAGUUGCACCAACGGUCUUUUGUGGCUAACAAGGGCUAUGGAUUUCUUGUUGGAGUUGUUCCGUAAUUUGCUCCAUCAUCAAGAUUGGCCAAUGUCUCAAGCUUGUAGUGAUUCCUAUGGAAAGACUCUGAAAAAGUGGCACGGUUGGCUAGCCAGCUCAACCUUUACGGUUGCUAUGAAGCUCGCUCCUGAUAGGAAAAAGUUCUUGGAAGUCGUAAGUGGCACCGGUGACAUCUAUUCUGAUAUUGAAAGUUUCUGCACAAAAUUUUCGCCACUCCUUGAGGAGAACCACAAGUUCUUGGCUAGCGUUGGCAUGGACGAUCUCAAGGCAUCUUAGAUUGUACCCCACACCUUCACACACAUGGCUAUAUGUAGCCGUAUGAAUUACCUUGCUUAUCCUUUUAAACUACAAUUUUAAGUUCAUUUUCCCCUACAUGCUUUGCUUCUAUUAUAUAUACAUGAAAUCCCUUGAUUGUGUGUCAUA